UGACAGUUGUCUUUAUCGUCAUCGUGUCCGAUUUCGGUCUAGAUCUACUUGUUACAUUUAAUUUAUACGUUAAAUACUCGACAUUCUUUAGCAGAUUGUGAAUUAAAAGGAGAAGAUCUUCUUGCAUAUUUUUAAGUAAAAAUACACCAUGAAAAUAUCUUGCAGUAAAACUAACCCUCCUUUAGGAGGCUUAAUGGCUGCAGAGCUAUAUAGGUCAUCAGUGAAAGAUUUAGAAAUAGUGUGGGGGAGUGAAUCCCACAUUCUUCUUCCGAAUUCAUCUAAACCGGUGCCAUAUGGAACAAGCAAUGAUUUGAUAAGAAUAUUAGAGAAUGCGUUUAAUAAGUCUGCUGGUCCUCUUCAAAAGGUCACAAUGAACCAUUGGCUUUCAUUUAGUCUUGUAAUAAAUGAGGACAUUUCACAAUCAGUUCAAUAUCUUGACAAGAUCCUUGGGCCUCUAACCUAUCUUGUGGGGGAGUCAUUAUCAGUUUCUGACCUAGCAGUAUUCAGCGUAUUGAACUUUUCCAGCAAAUUUAAAGAUGUCUCUGGUAAAAUUUCUCCAACUAAUAUUCUCCGAUGGAUGAAACUUAUACAGGCUCAAGAACCAGUUGCAAAGGUGCUUAAGCAAAUACCAGAUGAUGUUUUAGGGAACCUUUCAAAGUCUCCGAGGAGAUCUCCAGCUGCUAAUAAGGAGGUUGGAGGGAGAGCAGCUGAGGGAAAGUUUAUUGAACUGCCACAUGCUGAGAUGGGCAAAGUUGUUGUGAGAUUCCCACCAGAAGCUUCUGGAUACUUGCAUAUUGGCCAUGCUAAAGCCGCAUUAUUAAAUCAAUACUAUCAGCAAGCGUUUGAAGGCAAACUUGUUAUGAGAUUUGAUGACACAAAUCCUGCUAAAGAAAAUGCUGAUUUUGAAAAGGUUAUCUUAGAGGAUGUGGAAAUGUUAGAGAUAAAACCGGACAUGUUCACUCACACGUCACAAUACUUUGACAUGAUGUUGGAUUUCUGUGAGAAGUUAAUAAAAGAGAACAAAGCUUUCGUUGAUGAUACCCCCGCUGAGCAGAUGAAGAAUGAGAGAGAUCAAAAAGUUGAAAGUAAAAAUAGAAACAAUUCUGUUGAGAAGAAUCUUGAGUUGUGGGAAGAGAUGAAGAAGGGCAGUUCUGUAGGAGUCCAGUGUUGCGUGCGCGCGAAAAUAGACAUGCAAUCGGCUAACGGUUGUAUGCGAGAUCCUACUAUAUACCGGUGCAAACCGGAAACACAUCCACGUACCGGCAAUCAAUAUAAAGUGUACCCAACUUAUGACUUCGCGUGCCCCAUAGUAGAUUCAGUGGAGGGCGUGACCCACGUGCUGCGGACCAUGGAGUACCAUGACCGUGACCCUCAGUUUUACUGGUUCAUUGACGCACUCGGUCUGAGGAAACCAUACAUAUGGGAGUAUAGUAGAUUGAGUAUGACCAAUACAGUUUUGUCCAAGAGAAAAUUGACAUGGUUUGUUGAACAAGGAUUAGUUGAUGGAUGGGAUGACCCACGUAUGCCGACGGUGCGCGGUGUACUGCGGCGUGGUAUGACAGUGGAGGGGCUGCGACAGUUCAUCCGCGCGCAGGGCUCCAGCCGCUCUGUUGUAUUCAUGGAAUGGGACAAGAUUUGGGCCAUCAAUAAAAAGGUCAUCGACCCAAUAGCACCUCGGUAUACCGCUCUGGAAGCUAAUCCUGUACCAGUGAAUCUGAAAGGUGUGUCAGGACGGUCUCCAUUAACUGUGCCGCUACAUCCCAAGAACCCUGACGUGGGCACGAAGACCGUGUGGGUGACAUCUCGUCUACUCAUAGACCAAGCAGACGCCGCUGUGCUGAAGCAAGGAGAAAAUGCUACCUUUAUUAACUAUGGAAAUGUUAAGAUUGAUAAGAUUCACAAGGGUGAAGACGGAAAAGUAACGAGUAUUGAUGCUACACCUAAUUUGGAGAAUAAAGACUUUAAGAAAACCUUAAAGUUGACUUGGAUAGCUGAUGAUGAGCAGUCUUCAACUGUGGAGACUUACUGUGUGUUCUUUGACCAUAUCAUAUCGAAACCGGUGCUCGGGAAAGAUGAAGACUUCAAGCAGUAUAUUGGACAUCAAACCAGGUGGGAAAUGUUGAUGUUGGGUGAACCGGAGCUGAGAAAUGUGCGUGUUGGUGACAUCAUACAAUUGCAACGUCGUGGCUUCUUCAGAGUAGACGUGGCUUCAGGACCGGUGUCAUUCCACACUGGUCGCCCGGUGCCAUUGGUCCUCUUCCAUGUACCUGAUGGUCAUACCAAGGAGAUGCCCGGACAGCCGAAGUCAAUCCAAGCGACUCCUGUCAAGCAAGCCGCGACGAAAGCGGACGCGGCUGGCGACGCCUCCAAGUUGAACGAAGAGAUUACUAAACAAGGAGAAUUAGUGCGAUCCCUUAAAGCUGCCAAGUCAGACAAGGCGCAGGUUGACCAAGCGGUUAAAAUCCUACUGGACUUGAAAGCCAAGUACAAGACAGCAACUGGACAGGAUUGGAAGCCCGGCACCACUCCAGUACAAGCAGCACCAGCAUCCGGCGACGCAUCAUCUCUAAGCGAGCAGAUCACGCAACAAGGCGAUCUCGUGCGCUCCCUUAAAACUGCCAAAGCCGACAAACAGAAAGUCGACGAGGCUGUCAAAGUUUUACUGCAACUUAAAGCGCAGUAUAAAGCUGCUACUGGACAAGAGUGGAAGCCAGGCGCAGCAGCACCGGUUACCACGUCACCAGCCAGUGAUACCACAGCUUUGAACCAAGAGAUCACACAACAAGGCGAUGUCGUCAGAUCACUGAAAGCCAGCAAAGCUGACAAGAGUAAAGUAGACGAAGCGGUCAAGCAUCUGUUGGAACUCAAGUCAAAGUACAAAGCGGCUACCGGAGAAGAUUGGAAACCAGCAGCUCAGAACAAACAGAUCCCUGCGCCUGCGCCUGCGCAGAAUAACUCACAGGCGGAUUCUGUAUCCGCUGCCAUUACAGCGCAGGGUGACAAGAUACGAACACUCAAAGCGGCUAAGGCCGAGAAGACAGUCAUUGACGUAGAGGUUAAGAAUUUGUUGAACCUAAAAGCGCAGUACAAGGCAAUUACUGGCAAAGAUUGGACACCGAGCGCGGCCGCUCCGCAACAAGAUACCAAGAAAACUGAUAAUAAAAAGCAAACAACCACUUCGGCCAACGGAGACAUGGAUAAGGCAGCUAUUUUGUCAGCGGACAUCGCACGUCAGGGUGACCGCGUUAGAGAAUUAAAAACUAACAAAGCUGAUAAGGCUACAAUCGAUGCAGAAGUAAAGAAGCUUCUAGAACUAAAAGCGCAGUACCAGACAGAGACCGGGUCCGCUUACGUAGCACCAACCCAGCCGAGAGAGACCAAGCCCAAAGAGAAGAAGCCAAAAGAAGAGAAGAAAGAUAAACCUAAAGAAGAGAAAAAGGAUAAACCUAAAGAAGUAAAGAAAGAACCUAAAACGAAGGAACCGUCGCCAAAACCUACAAAGGAAGAGUCAUCUAGCGGAGUUAAGAAGAUAACUCGAUUGGGGCUAGAAGCGAGCAAGGAGACAGAUUUACCCGAAUGGUAUUCACAAGUUAUUACGAAAUCGGAGAUGAUAGAUUACUACGACAUAUCAGGAUGUUACAUCCUCAGACCCUGGUCCUACAGCAUAUGGGAACACAUCAGGAACUACUUGAGUAAGGAGCUCAAGAAACUCGGCAUCAAGGACGGAUACUUCCCGAUAUUCGUAUCUAAGUCAGCGCUGGAGCGUGAGAAGGCGCACAUAGCUGACUUCGCGCCCGAGGUGGCGUGGGUGACGCACUCGGGCGGGUCCGAGCUGGCUGAGCACAUCGCGGUGCGGCCCACCUCCGAGACCGCCAUGUACCCGGCCUACGCGCGCUGGAUACAGAGCCACCGCGACCUGCCCUACAGGCUCAACCAGUGGAAUAACGUCGUCAGAUGGGAAUUCAAACAGCCGCAACCAUUCCUUCGUACCCGCGAGUUUCUCUGGCAAGAAGGACACACCGCCUUCCGCACUAUAGAAGAGGCGGAUGAAGAAGUGUUACAAAUAUUAGAGCUAUACGCUUACAUCUACGAGGAGUUGCUGGCUAUCCCCGUGAUAAAAGGCAGGAAGACAGAGAAAGAGAAGUUUGCGGGCGCUGACUACACCACAACUGUAGAGGCAUACGUACCCGCCAGCGGACGUGGUAUACAGGGUGCGACUAGCCACCAUCUCGGUCAGAACUUCUCCAAGAUGUUCGAGAUCGUGUACGACGAUCCCGACACGCAGGAGAAGAAAUACGUCUACCAAAACUCGUGGGGCAUCACCACUAGAACUAUUGGUGUAAUGAUAUUAGUGCAUGGAGAUGACAGGGGCUUAGUCCUACCUCCCCGGGUCGCUGAUGUUCAAGCUAUAGUUGUGCCUUGCGGUAUCACCGCCUCCAGCACUCCUGAAGAACGUAAAGCAUUGAUGGAUUCCUGCAAGCAACUGGUUGAUGACCUCGUCAAAGGUGGGAUCAGAGCUGAAGGGGAUUAUAGAGACAACUAUUCACCUGGUUGGAAGUUCAAUCAUUGGGAGUUGAAGGGUGUACCAAUCCGUGUUGAGCUGGGUCCCAAAGAUAUGUCUCGCGGUGAAGUGGUAGCCGUGAGAAGGGUCAAUGGUGACAAGCGCACCAUAAAACGUGAAGCAGUGGCCACCGAAUUGUCUGCACUACUUGAGCAAACUCAUACAGAGAUGUUUGAAAAGGCAACAAAAGAAAGGGACGCACGGUUGUCUCUUGUGAAUAAAUGGGAAGAUUUUGUGGCAGCUUUGGAACAGAAGCACAUUUUGCUGGCACCGUUCUGUGGAGACAUACCGUGUGAGGAUCGGAUCAAGGGAGACAGCGCAAAGACAGAUGAUGACCCCACAGCAGAAGUGAAGGGUCCAGCAAUGGGAGCCAAAUCACUCUGUAUACCAUUCAAGCAACCCAGAGACCUUACAAAAGAAGACCGUUGCAUUCAUCCUGCGUGCAACAACAAGCCCAAGUUUAUAACAUUGUUCGGACGAAGCUAUUAAACUAAAUAUUUUAAUAGGCUUUUGUAUGAAUUUUUAAAUAAAUUAUUAAUCAAUUAUUA